GCACUGACCACAUGUGACAGCUCCAUCGAAAUUUGUUUAUUUGAUUGGAAUUUGUUAACUAGGAAAUAUUAAAGAAAGAUGCCACCUAAGAAGGACGCAAAGGGCGGCAAGGACGCGGGGAAAGGCGGAAAAAAGCCAGCCGCCGAAGACAAGUCUGCCGGCAAGGAGAAGAAGGGAGGCAAUGCCGUGAAGGUGCGCCACAUCCUAUGCGAAAAGCAAGGCAAGAUCACCGAGGCCAUGGAGAAGCUAAAGGCGGGCCAGAAGUUUCCCGAGGUGGCAGCGGCUUACAGUGAGGACAAGGCGCGCCAGGGCGGCGAUCUCGGAUGGCAAAUCCGAGGAGCGAUGGUGGGUCCUUUCCAAGACGCCGCCUUCGCACUUCCCAUCUCCACCGUCAAUAACCCCGUGUACACAGAUCCCCCGGUCAAGACCAAGUUCGGUUACCACAUCAUCAUGGUGGAAGGAAAAAAAUAAGAUCUGAUUUUGUAAAUCGAAUUUUAAUGUGA